AGUGGAAGAUCCAGACUCAUCAUUUGAGGCGAAAAGUGAGCAGGAUUGCGAAAGCGAGUGUGGGAGAUUGCAAUUGCCAGGCGUAUUCUUAUAUCGCAUCAUCUGCGCAAAGAGUCACUAGUACAAACUCAUCUGGGUGCAGAAUUUGGACCUCCAAUCUAAGAAAUCUUCACGAGGAUACGGAAGGUGCUCAUAACCUAUCAGUCCGUGUAGCCCGUACAGAUAUAGGAUCAAUAAGCAAAAGUUGUGAGACUUGUGGCACGAACAUAAUUCCCUAUCCGCUAAGCACAGGACCAAAUUGUGGUGAUCCCAUGUACUUCAAUUUCUUCUGCAACUUCUCAACUGGCCAAGUUAGCUUCCGGACUUUAGGAGACAACUUUCAGGUCAACGACUUUCAGGUCAAAAACAUCAAUCCAAAAACACGCAAGUUUGUCAUUGAAGUGAAAGAUAAAGAUUGUGGUGCUAGAAAUUCAAAAUAUCUACAGCUUAGUCCAGCAUCCCCUUUUCAGGCGCUUAACUUGUGCUAUGGUCAAAAGCAAUCAAGAAAUGGAAAUGAAGUAGAGUUUGUUUGGAAUUCCCCACUUGAGCCACCUUGUACUUCAGCCAUAGAUUGCAAGGAUUGGCCUAAUUCAAGUUGCAAUGCGACAAGUGGUGGUAAAGGUUGGUGUCAUUGCAAUGCAAACUAUCAAUGGAAUGGGACAACAAUAGCUUGUACACAAGUGGGCAAUAACCCUAGGCAAUUUGGAGGAUCUGGGCAAUUCAGAAGCUCUGAGAAGAAACACAAGUCAAUUUCUUUGAAAACCAGAGUAAUUUUCAUAGUUGUGUUUUUCAUAUUUGUGCUAUUAUGCAUCAUUAGCUUGAUUUUCUGUGGAAGAAGAAUGACAGCAAGAAGACGAGAAAGCAGAGAAAGAAGAGAGGGAAAUCAAGCGAUUCAAAUGUAUGACAUGGAAAGAAGUGUAAAAAGCUUCUUAGAUUCGAGUGAAUUCAAAGAGGGUGAUAAAAAAGGCAUUGAUGUACCUGUUUUUAACUUAGAAAGCAUAUUAGAAGCUACAAAUUACUUCUCAGAUGAAAAUAAGCUCGGACAAGGGGGAUUUGGGCCUGUUUACAAGGGUAAAUUCCCUGGAGAACAAGAAAUCGCUAUAAAGAGGUUGUCAACUCAUUCAGGACAAGGCUUAGAAGAAUUUAAGAACGAGGUUGUCUUGAUUGCCAAACUUCAACACAGGAAUCUUGUCAGGCUUUUGGGCUACUGCAUCAAAGGCGAUGAAACGAUUUUACUUUAUGAGUAUAUGCCAAACAAAAGCUUAGACACAUUCGUAUUUGAUCAAACAUUGUGCUUGUCUUUGGAUUGGGAGAAACGCUUUGGUAUCAUUUUGGGGAUUGCUCGUGGGCUUCUUUAUCUUCACCAAGACUCCAGGUUGAGGAUAAUCCAUAGAGAUUUGAAAACAAGCAAUAUUCUUUUAGACGAAGAGAUGAAUCCCAAAAUUUCAGACUUCGGUUUAGCAAGGAUAGUUAAGGGCAAAGAAACAGAGGCGAACACAAAGAGAAUUGUUGGAACAUAUGGCUAUAUGUCUCCCGAAUAUGCAUUAGAUGGAUUGUUCUCAGUAAAGUCUGACGUCUUCAGCUUCGGAGUAAUUGUGCUCGAAAUUGUCAGUGGGAAAAGGAACACAGGAUUUUAUCAGUCUAAAGAAGCCCUGAACCUUUUAGGUUAUGCUUGGAGAUUGUGGAAUGAGGAGAAGGCAUUGGAUUUGAUGGAUCGGACACUAGUCGAAUCUUGCAAUAGAGGUGAAGUUUUAAAAUGCAUAAAUGUUGGGUUCUUGUGUGUACAAGAAGAUCCUAGUGAUCGUCCAAACAUGUCAAAUGUACUUUCCAUGCUCACUAGUGAAGUUGCAACUCCUCUUCCAAAUCCUAAAGAGCCAGCUUUUGUUGCAAAGAAAUGGAUUUCUUCUGGACCUUCUUCUUCCUUUGACAAACCCGAAACAUCCUCUUCUAAUAAUGAGUUGACAGUUUCUACAGAACUCGGCCGAUAAAUAAGAUAGUAUUUUCAUGAAUCUUUACUUCUACAUUUCUGAUAGUAAUUUAGGUGCGAUAAGUUUGUGUAAUGUUAAUUUUAGGGUAAAUUACUAAUAUGUCCUAUUUUUGAGACAUAUUACUCCAUGUUUUGUGA